AUGGAUGCGAAUUUCAGUAUUAUUUAUAUUUAUGCCUUAUUCCUCCUACUAGCAUCUUCAAUUAUGGCUCAGCCUGUGGUUUUUGAUAUAAGAAAAUACGGUGGAGCACCUAAUGGAGAUCUGACUUCAAGCUUAGCGAGAGCUUGGAAGACAGCAUGUGCAUCAACAAGUGCAAGCAAAAUUUUGGUCCCAAAAAGUACAUACAGUUUGAGACAGAUAGAGCUAAAUGGUCCAUGUAAGGCUCCAAUUGAGCUUCACAUUGAAGGCAACAUUGCAGCACCAGAAAACCCAAAUCAAUUCGAUGGGGAUGCUCAAUGGAUUAGAUUUGGAUAUAUUGAUUCCCUUACCUUAUCGGGUGGUGCCACUUUUGAUGGUCGAGGUUCAAUAGCCUGGAAGCAAAAUAAUUGUCAUCAAACUUGGAAUUGCAAAAAGCUUUCCAUGAAUUUUGGUUUCAGCUUCAUGAACAAUUCGAUCAUUCAAGACAUAACAUCAAAACACAGCAAACACUUUCAUGUGAAUGUUCUAGGGUGCCGAAAUAUCACUUUCAACAAAUUCACCAUUGAAGCCCCAGCAGAAAGUCCAAAUACAGAUGGAAUUCACAUUGGAAGAUCAACGCAAGUGAAAAUACUCGACUCAAAUAUUGGAACAGGAGAUGACUGUAUCUCAUUGGGUGAUGGAAGCAGACAAGUCAGUGUUGAGAAUGUGACAUGCGGACCUGGGCAUGGCAUUAGUGUUGGAAGCUUGGGAAGAUAUGAAAACGAAGAACCUGUGGAAGGUUUGAUAGUAAAGAAUUGUACUUUCAAAAACACUGACAAUGGUGUGAGAAUUAAGACGUGGCCUGGUACUUCAAUAAAAAUCCCAGUCUCUCAAUUGCGUUUUGAGAAUCUAGUCAUGAUUAACGUCACCAAUCCUAUAAUCAUAGAUCAAGAAUAUUGUCCAUGGAAUCAAUGUUCAAAACAGACUCCAUCCAAAGUACAAAUAAGUAGAGUUUCUUUCAAGGACAUUAGAGGCACAUCAGCAACAAAGGAAGGAAUGAUUCUAAUUUGCAGUAGCGGUGUACCAUGUGAGAAGGUAAAACUCACAAAUAUUAACCUCAAAUUCAAUGGCACUCCUGUGAUUGCGACUUGUAAGAACAUCAAACCCCAAGUCUUUGGGAAUGUACCAGUUUGUACUUCUUAA